UUCUGGUUCGUAUAAGUUACAGACGAUUGCAACACUCGCCGUUCUUUCUCUGUUUCCGACCUUCCAACAGGAAGCAAAUUUGUCUGAGCAAGUGCCAAAAUGAGUAAGCUUCAGAGUGAAGCCGUAAGAGAGGCAAUAUCCUCCAUUAUCACUCACUGCAAGGAGACUAAGCCACGCAACUUCACUGAGACUAUUGAACUCCAGAUUGGUCUUAAGAACUAUGACCCUCAAAAGGACAAGAGAUUUAGCGGUUCUGUUAAAUUGCCUCACGUUCCUAGGCCAAAGAUGAAGAUUUGCAUGCUUGGAGAUGCCCAACACGUCGAAGAGGCUGAGAAGAUUGGAUUGGAAUCUAUGGAUGUUGAAGCUCUUAAGAAGUUGAACAAGAACAAGAAACUUGUUAAGAAGCUUGCUAAGAAAUUCCAUGCUUUCCUUGCUUCGGAAUCUGUCAUUAAGCAGAUUCCUCGUCUUCUUGGUCCCGGUCUCAACAAGGCAGGAAAGUUCCCAACUCUUGUCAGCCACCAAGAGUCUUUGGAAUCCAAAGUGAAUGAGACAAAGGCAACAGUGAAGUUCCAGCUCAAGAAGGUUCUUUGUAUGGGAGUCGCUGUCGGGAAUCUUUCCAUGGAAGAGAAGCAGAUCUUUCAGAAUGUUCAGAUGAGUGUUAACUUCCUUGUUUCACUUCUGAAGAAAAACUGGCAAAAUGUGAGGUGCUUGUACUUGAAGAGCACAAUGGGUCCACCGAACCGAGUUUUCUAAGGUUUUUAUUACAAAGUUUCUCUAAGGUAUCAUCACACUUUGAGAGCCUUCUUCUUCUUCAUGGGUUAAACUUGAAAUUCCAGUAUCCUGACUUUUGUAGGAUCGAGAUUUUGUUUAAAGACAAUUUUGUUUCUUUUGUUGCUAUUAUUAUCAUUAUUAGUGGAUUCUUUCUCCAUUUAAGCACUCAA